CAACACAUUUCUUGAAUCUCCAAUCAAAACCAAUAGUUUGUAUCAGUUUCUGUAAAAAUGUGAGAAAAUGAAGGAUUUUAGUAGUUCCAUGAUCGUAUUGAUCGAAGACCAUCUUUCAGACUUGCGCUGUAUCGAUCUGGGUAGUCUUGUUAACUGAACCUGCUGUCAUUUGAUAGUCAUAAUAUACAUGUUUAUAACAGACUAUCACCUGCUAUUUGAUGGAGUUUGGAUGACAAAACAUAUACACUAACAGUACACGGUAUAGUAGUACCAGAAUACGACCGUGGGAGGAAAAACAUAAUAAUGUCAAUUUUUAUGUUAAAAUCAAUAUUAGUGGUUUAAACAUUGAUCAUGAAAUGUGCUAGUGUUUACUUUUGAGUCAAUUGAAGCGAAUCAUACAAAGCGUCAAUGGAAAAUUCAACUAACCAUCCGACAAGCCAUCAGACAAGCCAUCAAACUAUUCCAUGUGUAGGGAAGAGGUUAACUGAACGAAUGAACCAAUUCUCACCAACUAAUGCAAGAAUGGCAGAUUAUUUGAUUACUGGUGGUACUGGCUAUGUCCCAGAUGAUGGACUUACAGGGGCUCAACUAUUUGCUAACGGAGAUGGAUUGACAUACAAUGAUUUCCUGAUUUUACCAGGAUUCAUAGACUUUACAGCAGAUGAGGUGGAUUUGACAUCUGCUUUAACAAGAAAGAUAACUCUAAAGGCUCCAUUAGUAUCAUCGCCAAUGGAUACAGUCACAGAGGCCCAGAUGGCUAUUGGAAUGGCUUUAUGUGGAGGUGUAGGAGUUAUUCAUCAUAAUUGUUCACCAGAAUUUCAAGCCAAUGAAGUACGCAAAGUCAAAAAAUAUGAACAAGGUUUUAUCCUGGAUCCAGUUGUUAUGGCACCCACUCAUACAGUGGCUGAUGUAGUAGAAGCUAAAAAAAGAUUUGGGUUUUCAGGCAUUCCAAUUACAGAAAAUGGUCACAUGGGUGAAAAGUUAAUUGGUCUUGUUACUCAGAGAGAUAUUGAUUUCUUAACUGAAAGUGAUAAUAAUACUCCUUUAGAAAAUGUAAUGACACUGUAUGAAGAUUUAGUGGUAGCCCAUUGUGGUGUAACAUUGAAGGAAGCUAAUUCAGUUUUACAGAAAAGUAAAAAAGGUAAAUUACCAAUAGUUAAUGACAAGGGAGAAUUAGUAUCAUUAAUAGCAAGAACAGAUACAAAAAAGAACAGAGAAUUCCCAUUGGCAUCAAAAGAUGAAAGGAAACAGUUAUUGGUAGGAGCAGCAAUCAGUACACACGAGGAAGAUAGGAAAAGAUUGGAUGCCUUGGUGGCAGCUGGUGUAGAUUUUGUUGUACUGGAUUCAUCACAAGGCAAUUCCAUUUACCAAAUAGAGUUCAUCAAACAUGCAAAGAAUUUAUACCCUGAGUUACAAGUAAUUGGCGUUGUAACUGCAGCACAAGCCAAAAAUCUUAUUGAUGCUGGUGCUGAUGGUUUAAGAAUUGGUAUGGGGAGUGGCUCCAUUUGUAUCACACAGGAAAUUAUGGCUGUUGGAAGACCUCAAGGAACAGCAGUUUACAAAGUAGCAGAAUAUGCAAGGAGAUUUGGGGUACCAGUAAUAGCUGAUGGAGGGAUCCAGAGUGUUGGACACAUUGUUAAAGCUUUAUCCUUAGGUGCCUCCACAGUGAUGAUGGGAUCAAUGUUAGCUGGUACGACGGAAGCCCCUGGUGAAUAUUUCUUUGCUGAUGGAGUUCGUCUGAAAAAAUAUCGAGGAAUGGGAUCAUUAGACGCCAUGGAGAAACAUAGAAGUAGUCAAAGUCGAUAUUUUAGUGAAAGUGACAAGUUAAAGGUUGCCCAGGGUGUUUCUGGUUCUAUUGUUGAUAAAGGUUCAAUACAGAAAUUUGUUCCUUAUCUCAUAGCUGGGAUCAAACAUGGCUGUCAGGAUAUUGGUGCUAGGACUUUGUCUCAUGUCAGAUCAAUGAUGUACUCAGGAGAGUUGAAGUUUGAAAGAAGAACAACAUCAGCCCAAAUAGAGGGUGGUGUUCAUAGCCUACACAAAGGUUCAUCAAUGAUUAAAUGUUUAGGUUCUAAUCAUCAACUUAUGCAAUUAUGAGAAGAGGUUGUAUUGACCAUUAACACGAUCAGAUCCUAUGACAUUACCAAAGGGAGAUUAAUCAGUUAGAAUGGAUGGAGGCAGAUAGGACAAUUGUGUAUGGAUUUUAGGAAGAUGAUGGUACCAAGAUAUUUCAGCAGAUAAAAUUGUUAUAGAUUUGUUACAUAGAGCAAAACAUUACACUUUAUUACAAUGAACAUGACUGACAGAAGAUCUUUAAAAAAGAGAGUAUUCAAGUUUCUGAAGUUAUCAUAAUACAGUCAAACCUUGUCUGGGUACUCUAUUAAUGAUCCACUGUUAUCUGUUAUUAUAUCUAUGCAUUUGUGAACCUAAAUUCAAAGGUUAUCUCAUUACUAGUAAGACAUUUUUUUGGUCUGGUUCUGAGAGUGACCUUGAUAAGUUUGACUAGAAUAAAUUCUAAUUUUGAUAAAUUGUUUGCAAUACAUCCUAUGAUUCCAUUCCACUUAGUAAAACAUCCAUUAUUUGUUUGGAUUAAUGUGAGAAAGUUUUACAAUUUGUUUCUUUUUCAACUGUUAUACUUUAAAGUUAAAUUUAGAAAUUUUUGUGUACAUUUAUUAUAUUAUUUUUUUGAAGAAUAGACAAAAAAGUGAGAUUAAUUAAGUUCUGAAUAUAAAUGAUGCCAUUAAUAUUUUAAUUGCUUUGUUUUAAUUUAGUAAUAACUGUUCAGUCAAAAUUUAUGCACAGAAAAAAAAAUUCACACAUUUUUUUUUUGAUUUUUAGCAACUAAACUUCAGUUGCACAUACAGUAUUUGCAGUUGUAAAAGGUUCUGUAUAAUUUUGAUAAGCAGGAGAGUAUGUGCAUGAUGUGAGAGAGAGUAUAUUUGUACAAUAUUGUCUGUGAUUUUAUAUUUCAUCAUAAAAUUUGUGUUUUAAAGAAAACCUCUAGGGAGUUGCAAUAUUAUGAUAUUAUUCAUUUAUCAUUUUUGAUUUCAUUAUAUGAAGAAGAAAAUCACAUAUUUGAUAUUAACUACUAAUCCACUUGUAAAUUAAGUGGGUGUUUGCCUCGUGAGUUCUGAGACACAAUUUCAGGGUACAAAAUACAGGAUUUAAUUUUAUUUCACCACUUUUCAAUAUAAAAGCCAUAUAUAUUUAUUAAUGUAAUGAAAUUUAUGAGGGUAUAUAACACAUAAGUUGAUAACUCUAUAAAAGUCAUAAUAAUAAUUUAAAAUAGAUUUGGGAAAAAAGUAUCUUAAAUACUCAAAUUGCAAAUUUUUAAGCAGAUUUCUGUUGAAUUUACUAUUGGAUGGAAUCUGUUAGCUAACUUUCAGGCAACAAACAAUUUUGCUCAGAAGACUUGUAUAUCAUUUUUAAAAGACAUAUAUUUCAUUCUGAAAACUUAUUUAGAAUAUAUUUAUGUUAGUAGAAGUAGAAUUCAUAAUUUUUAAAUUUAUAAAAUGAGAAAGCAAUAUCAUUAAAUGUGCAAUUAAGAUCACUUCUGUCCUUGCUCUCUGGGCAAUAACAAACAAUAUUGGUUCCUUCUGGUUUCUAAAGCUGCUCCAGAUUUUGAUUGGACAUAGCUUUGUCCAUUAUACAUUUAUGUCAUUACAGCAGAUUUUAAUUUCAGGAUUGAUUAUUAGCAUUCAAACAAAGGGCGUAAAAUUAGCCUUGGAAUAAGUUAACAACAAUAUUUUUAAACUUGCAUAAUAAAUAUGAUGUGUUACUUAAUCUUUGAUGCCAGGAGGAAAGAUCUCAUAUAUUUAUAACAUGAGCCAAGCUUCAUUUAAAAAUGUACAAGCAUGUACUUAAUAUACAAGUACUAAAUGCAUUAACAGACUAGAGACUUCUGUUUGCCUGUGUAACAAACUUCUGAUCCCCUUUCCUAGCCUUUAGAUUAAGUCUACCAUUCAGCCAAAUUUCGGAUCCCCUCCCCUAGCCUUUAGAUUUAGCCUACCAUUCAGACUGCCCCAUUCUCUUCUGAUAAAGGUUCAGAAUGGCCUUUUAGUUAUUUUUUUGUCUGUGCCUUGUAAACAUUGUUAUAUUUUUGUAUAAGUGCCAUUCUAUAAUAAGACUGAUCUCUGAAACUAUUUUUGUUUUGUUUCUUGUGAAGAAUUGUCUCAUUGGCAAUCAUACCACACUUUUUUAUGAGUAUAGAUAUUAUUGUAUAAAUCUCUCUAUUUAAUGCCCAUACAAUAACUUAAGUUUCUUAGAAUUUGAAUUGUGCUAUAUAUGCAAUGUUAGGGUUGAUUUAAGGAAAACUUCUAUAAUGAUUUGUCAGGUUCAGAAUAUUUUAAAUUAUGGUUGGAAUUAUUUGUUCUUAUUUCAUGAAAAUUUUGCAUUUAAAUAAAUUUUCUUUUUAAAAGAGCUAAAUUAAAAUUUCCAUUGAUUUACCAGUUGUUUGUCAUUUGCAUAUUUUUGCAGUAUAACUCAUGUUUUUAUCAGUGUCAAUAAUUGAACAUAGAUAUGAUAAAAUUUAAAGAACAAAUGAUGGGUCCAUGUAGCUGAAUAUUGGUAACAAAAAAGUAAAUGUUUUUGUUAUUGUCAAAUUUAUCAUAUCUCAUUUUCUGCAUUAAUAAUGAAUUCCUCCUGAAUAUGCAUGUAAUUAUUGCCACUGGACGUGAAGCAAACAACAAUCUAUCAAUCAUUUAAAAAAAAUAUUUCUCCAUUUUAAUUUCUUUAAACUUCCAUGUCUGUUUUUCAUAAUAGAAUAAUAGCUUUAAAGGUGAUUUUUCAUAUAGCCUAGUCCAAAUAUCUACAGGAAAAUAUGUGAUAAACCUACCUCUAAUUUUACCACUCACAAUGAAAUAGUUUGUUAUCAAUUAUCUGGUCUUUUGAAACAUUGAACCAAGAUAUAUGUUUCUAUAAAUUGCUGGAUUCUGUCUUUAGUCAUUGAUAUAUUUGUUUUAAUAUUCAAUUGUUUCCUCAAAUUUUGAACCAACAUAUAUGUUUAUAGAAUUCUUUUGUCAUUGAACCAUGAUAUAUAUGUACUCAUUGUUGAACUCUUUUUUCAGUUUUUGAACCAACAUGUUUUAUAUAUAUAUAUAUAUGUAUUCAUCAUCGAAUCAUAAUUUCUGAAAAUAAACGGAUUCCAAAUCAUUUCAUUUACAAAAUAUAUUGACAAAUUUAUUUUCUCUCAUAGAAAUCAGCAUAGUCAAUUCUAGUGUCAAUGCAAUUAUAUAAGUAUAAAUAAGUUUAAAAUAGAAUAAGUCUUCAAUGUUACAGAAAUUUGCAAUAGAAUCUCUAAUUUGGAUGAUGGAAAGGUAUUAUGCAGCUUCUGAACUUUUUAUUGGUAUAUAUAUGUACUAAUGUAAAUGUUGGAAAUAUAUCCAAUUGAACACAAACCAAGAGAGUAGUUGUCAGUUAUACCACAGCUUGAUUGCAUAUUGAUAAGCUUAUAAAAAUGUACCUCAAAAUGCAAUAAAUUUUAUUUGUCAUGUUUUAAUAUUGAAUAUCAUAUCAAAGCAAACUUUCAUUUUAAAAACUAAUAAUUGCAAUCCAUGAAAUGGAUGAAAAUUUAUUUAAUUGUUUAUUAUCAUAUGGUAACUUAUGUAUACUUAAAACAUUUGUUAACAGUUCAUCAAUUAUAAAUGUUUGAUUGAGCCUAAACUGAUUUUUUUCUGCAUUUAUAUUAUUAAGUAAUCAUAAGCUUUUUACAGCUAUUAUCCAUUUAACUUUAAAUUUCAACGCAUCAAACACUAUUCAUUUAAUGAAUUGAUGAACUGUUUAAUUAUACUUUAAAAGUGCUAUGUUAUUUAGAACAGCAAUUUAAGUUGUUCAGAAGUGUAUAUUCCAUUUACAGUAUACAUAUAUUGUUUUGUAUUGUACAGUACAUCUAUAUUUUGUCAAAAUUUUAUGUUACUGUGUUCUUGAUAAAAUAAAAGUAUAUAAGACUUUAAA